AUGGGGAAAGGGUUUGCGCCCGCUGAGGCGUGCAGAAAUUUGCGGGCGUUCAUGCAACUCCUGAAGGCAUCACCCACCAUCGUCGAUAGGGAGACGGGGUCCAUGCUGCUGGACCUGUGCAAGCAGCACAACCAUUACAUGGCAGAAGCAGAGGUGAACGUCGGCGGCGUGAACUCUGACCUCACUGGGCUGGUCUUGGAGAUUUCUGAUUCCGAGGAUGGUGCCGAGCUGACUGCAGGAGGCGAGCAGCUGCCAGAGGAGCCGCCUGAGGAGCUGGCUGCAGGAGGCACGCGGACGCCAGAGGGGCCGCCUGAGGAGCUGGCUGCAGCAGGCGCGCAACAGCUCGAGGAGCCGCCUGAGGAGCUGGCUGAAGGAGGCCAGCACCCGCUCGAGGAGCCGCCUGAGGAGCUGGCGACAGGAGGCGCGCAGACGCCAGAGGAGCCGCUUGCUGCAGGAGGCCCGCAGCCGCCAGGACCGCCCGUGGCCAUGGCGCAGCCUCCGCAGAGCAAGGUCGGCCCGCCUGCGAAGUUCAAGGGCAUCCCGCCCCCGGCGCUGCCGCCGAGCGCACAGACGCUGCUGAUGCAGGCCAGGGGGCAGCUGCCGCCGCCGCCGCGAGUGAAGGCGAGUGCUGCGGUGGAGGAGGAGCCCGCCACGAAGCCUGCUGAGGAGGAGCACGAGGCUGAGGCCGAAGAGGAGCAGGCAGAGAGCACGACGCCACCGCCCAAGAAGAAGGCAAAGGGUCCGUCGAAGUCGAAGGCGCUGGCGACCACGCCGCCAGUGACUGCGAAGAAGCCGCCGCCAAUGAAGGGCCCUCCGAUGAAGAAAGCGAAGUCGGUGGCGGAGGAGCACUCACCUGCGGCUUCGUCAGGGGGUUCUGCGGAGGCGCCAUCGGUGGGCUGCGGCAAGGCUGGCAACAGGAACCUCGUUGACCCUGCCGACUGGAACAUCAGGUACGCUGAGGUGUUGAAGCUCAUGCCGCAGGAGGCCUGGCCGGACAUGGCCCCCCAUGGCGAGCACGGCUGCACCAAGAAGAUCGUGAUGGGGCUGAGGUCCCACGUGGUGCGCAUCGAGGUGCUGGUGAGGGCCAAGAGCUUCAGGGUCGCGAAGCCGGUCAUGCCGACCCCGACUGUGAAUUGGGGCUCUGACAUCAACAAUGCCUGGGACACGGCGAAGCAGAAGGCCAUGGAUUUCUUCGUGGAGAACAAAAUGGAGCCCCCGCCGGCCAAGUGA